AUGCCCAAGAUGGACAUAGAUGAUACCCCCAUAUUCAAAUUGGAGGAGCUCGAGGCUCAUCUUCAAGAGCUGGUCAAAUCUUCAGAUGUUCUAAUCGAUACAAAGCUUUUCGAUGCUGUAGAGCUGCAGCUUACAGAGUCCAACAUAUCCCCUUUGAUCCCGAAGCUACUUCCUACCAUUACUCAGAUCCUUCUUAGCACUCAACAAGAUCCUACAGUACUCGCAAGUCUAUCCGUUAAGUUACUACAGCCAAUCACAUUUCCACAGGCCCUGGAGUUGGCUUCCGAGGACGCCCUCAUUCUCGCACUUCGGUCUCCCGUACCUGCUGCGAAUAUCCUUGCCAUAACAAUCAUCGAAAAAGCCACCAAAAAUCCGACACAUGUAGCACUUCUAUCUAAUAUGAAAGGAGUGGUGGAGAAUUAUAUCAGAACAUGGCUUAGCAAUCCUGAUGUCGGAGUUGGCGAAAGGGCUACGCGGGCGCUAGGAGGACUUCUAGCUGCGGAUUCCGAUCGAAGGUCAUCAUCUAUCACAAACGGCGUGGGGAGCAUGGAUAUUGAUGCUCAGCAUCCACCUGGCCAGGGACUGCUUUGGCGACGAAUGUUCCAAGACCGAGAUAUCUACGACACAAUAUUCUCGCUAUGCAGCUUGAAGACCGUCGGAACCGAUAAUGAUCAAUUGGAUGGAAAACAAAAAACACUCGCCCAAGCUCGCCUAUUGAGACUUCUUCCUCGUUUGGCAGCGCUGGAUUGUCGUACAAUCACCCGGACAUUUUUACCUGAAGUUGAUAAUAAUUACAUAUCACCAGUCGGGAAACCUGGCCUGCUGUAUUUCGCGGCAAUGGAAAUGGUAGAUAAAGAAGAUUUGCUUAUGCAUAUGACGUUGACUAUUUUCUUCUUGGAAUUGCUGGAUGCAAUUAGUACUACGGAUAUAGCAGGCUCAACCAAAAAGUAUGUUGCUGACAUGCUGAAGAUAGCUAUGGAGUCAGACGUGGAGUUACGUCAGUCAGUUGAGAAUAUUACUGUAUCGCCAGAUUCAACUCCAAAUUUGAUAGCUCUGGUUCACUCCUUGAACCGAGAAAGUUGA